AUGCGGCUGCUCGUUGCUGCGGCUGCAGCCAUGAUGCCUUCCAGCAUCCACGCGCUUGUAGUCCAAAGUCAGAGUUCUUAUCCUCAAUGUGGGAAGGAGUCGGGCGCCGUCUUUCUCCAAGGUCAGCCGACCAAAGAUGCGUUCGAUCACAUUUACCGCGAUGCGGUUUGGGGUGGGGACGGCGUCACCAGCUCCAAGUCAGGAACAGGCAGCUCGUGGGGUGUCGGGACACAGCUGCUUUGCAAGACGAUCACUGAAGCCUUGAUGGAGGUGGCAGCGGAGAGGGGGGCCGCAGGCCAGAGCGAUUUCGAGCUGAAUCUUCUGGAUGCUCCCAGCGGAGAUUUCUUCUGGAUGCCCGGAUGUCUCGAACACAUCUCCUCCAAGCUUCCGGAAGGGGCCAAGCUCAACUAUCAAGGAGUCGACGUUUCUACGGUGGCUAAAGAUACAGCAGAGGGCAAGCGAGCAUCUGUGCAAGCGUCGCUGCCCAAAGUGAAAAUCGAGCCUUUCCUUGCGAUGGACCUUUCAGAAGCGAACAUCCUUGAGCGGACCUUUCCGGGAAAGAAGUUUGAUGUCAUCAACUGCCACGAUGCCCUUCAGCACAACCCUUUGAGUCAGGUGAAGGAAAUCGUUGCGAACUUCAACAAAUGUGCUAAUCGCCUGGUGGUGGACGUCGACAUGGCCGGGACAAAUGCCCAAGACAUCAGUGCAGGACAGUUCCGGGCUAUCGACCUGACCGACGCCCCUUUCAACAACAAGCCGGAAUGCCUGGUGAUGAAUCCGGACCCCGUGUCGGUUCCCGAGAAGGAGCACUUCGCCAUCUUCAAGCUGCCUCUGAAAGCCUAG